AUGGAGGCUGGGUGUGGCGCAUUGCUCGCCUUCCACAUCCCGGAGAGCCUCGACUACAGAGGGCUCCUGAGACCACCCGGGGCAGAGGAGGCCGGCCGGCUAGACGCCAGCAACGCCGACGACCCUGAUGCCUGGUCCGCGGCGGAUGUGGAGGCUGCGUUGGGGGCGGUGAAGGCCGCGACUUCGCGAGCGCCGCAGGAAUGCCUCAACCUGCUGACCACCGACACAUUUUGCUGCGCCUUCAACUUGGCGAGGCACUUCCCGAACCUCGAGCGGGCUCGGCAACUCUCCUUCAGCCAGAUACUUGCAGCGCUGUGCAGCCGUGCGCACGAUCUGCUGGAAAAGGUGCCACCCACCCCUUACUUUAGCAGCGCCGAGGCGGCCGCAAACCGUUCGUACCUGGACCUGGAGAGGAAGAUCGCCGAAUGUCGGAUUGUGGGCACAUCGCAGCAUGGAUCCAUGCGGUACAAUGACCAGGACGCGGCGUUAAUGGUGAAGCCCAGUGACAUGGGACAGGUGCUUCGGUCGUUGUGCCACCUGUGUGUCUUCCUCGUGUGCAUGACUUUCCGCUGCACAGUGACCUCGUCCAAAGAAGGCGAGAAAAACACACUGCUGUCCGAGCUCGCGCCGGGAAGGAAGGGCAAAGCGUCGCGUGGCAGCGGCGGACGUCGUCGCAAGGUAGAGGACGACGGCAACGUGAACCUCGUUGCGCUCGAAUUGUUGGCGGACUCGAUGCUGCAGUUGACCCGAAGCGCCAUCAGGGUCCCAUUCAGUGGCGAGUACGGCGGUAUAGGCAGGCCUGAUCCGCCGCUGAUGAGGAUGCUCCUAGACACGCUGAUGCUGGCGUUGAGCACGCCCGCCAUGGGUUUCGCCACAGACAAGCUGACGGACGCGCUAUCGCGCCUCAUCAAGAUAAAUUUCGACGUAACGAGGGAGUGCAUUAAUAAUGCAAAAACUAGCAAGGUUUUGGCUGGCAAAGCACGACAGAAAGGAACCAAGGACCCUGACGCAAGUGAGGAUGAGUCUGAUGCCUCUCCUGUUGAUUCUGCGAGGACAGAAGACGACACUGCCGGGCGCACUGGGACCUGCCAGGUGGACAACGACUGGUUAGUGACGCUGUCGGAGGAGCUGAAGAAGAGCCACACCAUCAAUAUAGCCGAUGCGCUGGUGUUGCUGGACGGGUCGGAUAUCCCUGCAGCAGUUGUAAAUGAGCUUUUGGUGCUGGUGAGGGAAUCCUUCGUGCUACAAGCGUCAGGGGGCACCGUACAAAUGAUGAGUUCGAUGAUCCAGCUCGAGUACACCAACGUCGGCGUAUUUAUCGAGCGGAUGGUUCGCAAACAGCCGGAUGCCGUCCUGAGGAGCUUGGAGGAGCUGAAGCAGCUGCUGGACGUACCGUGUUACAACCUGCGGAAGUCAAUCAUGGAAUCGGUAAAACUCAUGGUGAUCAUGGCCAAGAGUGAGGGCGAGGAGGAGCAAGCGGAUGACGCCGGGGACUAUGCUGCGUCAUCCUCCAAAGCAGCGCUGUGCGCGCGCCAUCGUGAAGCUAUGCUUCAAUUGCUGUUUGCAAGGCAGUACGACUCCUACAUGUAUGCUCGUGCGUCCCUGCUAAAGGCAUUCCAGGACAUCAUCGAGGCCGGGGCGUUGCCGAUACGGUGGCUGGUCAUCACGGCUUCAUUCGCCAUAUCGCGUCUCUGGGACAGGGGAUCGCAGGUGAGACAGCGUGCGCUCAGCCUCCUUACCACUUUGAUCGAGGACGCCACGACCAAGCGGUUCAAGCUGCCGCUGGACGCCAAGAGCCUCAAACACGACCUUGACAUCAUCCAAGCCCAAAUGGCCAAGGUCGACACUAUACUGUCGUAUGUAGCUGCGGGUAGCAAUUCGGAUCGUCCGGCGGAAGAAAUGACGGCGCAAUCUGAAGAUGGAUCACAUACUGAAGACGGUGGCAGCGCACGCGGCGGGGAGCCCUCUGACAAAGUGAACCUAGACGAACAUGUGGAUUCCACAGAGACCGCUCCAAACGUACAAAUCGGGGCGGAGAAAUGUCAGCAAUUGCUCAAUGAAUUGAACGAAGAAUUGGGCGAGCGCAUCACUUUGGAUGACAACCGCGCUUUGGACACGUUGCGUGCCAAAUUGGAGGUGGCCUCUGAGAUGUACACCGACGUGCACGAAAUUGCCAUUAAGGUCGAAUCUUCUAUCCAGGUUUGUAGUGACCUGCUGCAAUCGUCAGUGGAGGGGGACCAGCGUGCGGCGAUACGGUACAUUGGCACAUGCCACCUGAUGGGGGUCAAACCCGCCACUAAGCUUCUGCCGCGGGUAUGGGCCCUCGCCUGGUCGAAUAACCAGAACGUGGUGGAUUCAGUUCUGCACGAGUUCCGCAAUCUGUACUUCUCUUAUGGCGAGGAUGCUGCCAUUGCCAACAACCUGGUGGCGCUGCUCUCGAGCAGCUCCCUAACAUCGUUCGCCUCCAUCGAGAAGAUCUUCGAGGUGAACCUGUCACGGGAGCAGCCAUAUUUCGCGAACCUUGACCGGAUAAUGGUGGCGUUGUUGCGGAUAGCAUUGGCUCCAAAUCAUCAGCUGGGUCGCGACGCAACUCCGAGGGUGGCACUGGGUGUGAUGCGGCUCCUCAUCAACUCGUCGAUGCGGAGCAAAUCGCCCCUCGCCGCGGCCAUUCGCACUUUCGACGAGAAGCGGCUGAGCGCCAUCCGCGGCCUGCUGCAGCUGUCAUCUGGGCACUCUUGCACCAUAUUUGGCGAAGUGUGCUCCAUUCUGGCUGGCGCGAUUCCGUCUCCCCUAAUGGAGGACAUUGCUGCCUACAUCCUCAAGCUAUUUGUUGGCACGUUCGGCUCCACCGACAACAGCUGGUUCCGCAUGGCACAGUGCGUGGUUGACGUGACCUUCACCCACUGCAAGUUCGCGGAAUCGGUAUGGUCGCAGACGCUCAGCGGCAUGAUGGAGAAGCUGGGCGUGUCUGGAAUCGGCAGCGCUGCCGACAAGUCGGCCUUGGCAGCGCUGCCAAGUGAGGCGUCGGACAAGGCUCCCGAGACAUCGACUGCUACUGUACGGCAACUGGCUCAGGUGAUCUUCUUAUCCGGGCACGUGGCUAUACGUACCCUCAUCAGCAUGGACCGGCUGCAGAGUGAUCUGAAAAGCGCGCGCGCUGACCUUGAGGCACUAGAUGAUGGCAAGCUGGUCGCCGACGCUGCUAACCAAAUGGGUGUGGCGAGCAGCGACGAGCAGGAGCGCGACCUGUUCGAACAACUGUGCGAAAAAAGCAUAGUCUGCGCGAACCUGCUCGGUGGUCCUGUGAAGUCGCUGAUAGUUGCGUGCCUUCGCAAUCCCCUACACUUCGUGACCCACGGUUCCUCCGAUGGCCACCAUUGGCGCCGUGAGGACCUGUCGGCGCCUUCAACUGUCUCCAAGGAAGUUUUGGCUGCGGCUCAGCGAGAGGUGUCAAUUCUCAAAACCUGCUCGGCCAUAGCGCUAUGCAAGAUGGCCGCUGUGUCGAAGCGUUUUUGCAGGUCGUUGUUCCAGUCGGAUGACUCCACGCGUCCUGCAUGUUCCAUCCUCGAGGUUAUUAUAUCGCUGCUGUUGAAUAAACGUAUUGCGACCGGAGCUGACCCUGGGGCGCUAACUGGCUCGAGGCGUAACUACUACUACCUGAGUGAGCCUGUGGCAUCGGAGCUGCGGGCCACCUUGCUCAUCAGCUACGGUGACCUGCUCUGCCGCCACCCUAACUUGCUGGAGCCGUGGAAUGACGAGGUGUGGCCUAUAUUGCUAGAUCGGGACGACCGAGUGCGCGAAACUGCGGUGUUGGUCUUCACCCACCUGGUGAUGAACGACAUGGUGAAGCCUCGAGGCAAGCUGGUGGACGCGAUGAUGUUUCUGACCCUGGACACCCACUCCAAGGUUUCGGACUGCGCGCGCACGUUCUUCCACGAGGUCGACCGCAAGAACGCCAACACCAUCUAUAAUUGCUUCCCCGAGAUGGUGGCGACGCUUGCUCGCAAUCGGCGACAGCAGUCUGUUAAACGCAACCUGAGGGUUCUGCAGAUGUUGCUCAAGUUCAUACGUCGGGAUCGGCAGUCGGAAUCGAUCGUGGAGAAGGUCUGCUUCCGCCUGCAAGCCACCGCACCGACCGACCGGUCGGCUAUUGUGGUGUACGCCCACGUGCUGCUCAGCCUGUGUCAGGACGAGCGAUGCAUGGCAAAGCUGAUAGCUUCGAUGCCGUUGAUAAACAGGGUUCUGUUGGAGAGCGAUAUUUUGCUAGCGGUGCUACUGACUAUCUGCAAGCGUGCGCGAUCCUCAAACCUGGGCCGACGAAUAGGCGACGGGGACCGACAGGGCGACAGCGGUGAGUCUACCGCGGCUGGUGUGCCAGCCGCCUCAAGCGGAGCUGCUGGUGAGAACGCUUCAAUAAAAGACCAGGCUGAGGAAUUGAGCAGCCGGUUGAAUGCACUGUUCGGCGAACGCAGGUCUUCGCAUGUAACGCAAAUCGCGGCAAACGCUGAGGCCAUCAUCGCCGCAGCGGAGGACCCAGGUCCCGGUGAGGAUGAUGCCAGCUGUGCUGAAAACCUGUUCAUCCGCAACUUCGGCUGGGUCUCGGCGGGCACCGACCAGGACCUGAGCGACAACGAGCCGGAGUCAACGCGCGGCCAGACACCUAAAGCGGGGCACAACGACUUCCCAGUGCCUAUGAAGCUAGAAUCAUAUGCCGCAGUUGGGGAAACGUUUGUGGAACGUGAAGCAGGAGCGGGCAUGAAGCGCAAACGGUCAGCCGAGGGCUCCUGA